GAGAGGACGAGCAGGCUAGCGGGCAGGCGGAGACAUGGCGACGGGCGCGGACGUGCGGGACAUCCUGGAGCUGGGCGGUGUGGAGUCGGAGAACACGGGCACCAUCAACAAAAAGGAUAUCAUCAACUCGGAUAAGAAAAAGUCCAAGAAAUCUUCAGAGACGCUGACGUUUAAGAGGCCGGAAGGAAUGCACCGAGAAGUUUAUGCACUCCUUUACUCUGACAAAAAGGAUGCGCCUCCGCUGCUGCCAAGUGAUACAACUCAGGGUUACCGAACAGUCAAAGCAAAGCUGGGGUCCAAGAAGGUCCGGCCUUGGAAGUGGAUGCCUUUCACCAACCCAGCGAGAAAAGAUGGAGCCAUGUUCUACCACUGGAGGAGGGCAGCAGAGGAAGGGAAGGACUACCCUUUUGCCAGGUUCAAUAAAACGGUGCAGGUGCCCGUCUACUCGGAGCAGGAGUACCAGAUGUAUCUCCACGACGACGCGUGGACCAAAGCUGAGACAGACCAUCUCUUUGACCUGGCUCGGCGCUUCGAUCUCCGCUUUGUGGUGAUUCAUGACCGCUACGACCACCAGCAGUUCAAGAAAAGAUCUGUGGAAGACCUGAAGGAACGAUACUACCACAUCUGUGCAAAGCUGGCUAAUAUCCGUGCAGCUCCGGGCACAGACCUGAAAAUCCCAGUCUUCGAUGCUGGCCAUGAGAGGCGAAGGAAGGAGCAGCUGGAAAGGCUGUACAAUAGGACACCAGAGCAGGUGGCAGAAGAAGAAUACCUCAUCCAGGAGCUCCGCAAAAUCGAAACCAGGAAGAAAGAGAGAGAAAAGAGAACCCAAGACCUGCAGAAACUCAUCACAGCUGCUGACACCACCACUGAGCAGAGACGUGCCGAGCGCAAGGCUCCCAAGAAGAAGCUGCCACAGAAGAAGGAGACAGAGAAGCCUGCUGUUCCUGAGACUGCUGGCAUCAAGUUUCCUGACUUCAAAUCUGCAGGUGUCACGCUGCGAAGCCAGAGGAUGAAACUGCCAAGCUCGGUGGGACAGAAGAAGAUUAAAGCCCUGGAGCAGAUGCUGAUGGAACUCGGAGUAGAUCUCAACCCUAUGCCCACAGAGGAGAUUGUGCAGAUGUUCAACGAGCUGCGGAGCGACCUGGUGCUGCUGUACGAGCUGAAGCAAGCCUUCGCCAACUGCGAAUAUGAGCUGCAGAUGUUGCGGCACCGCUAUGAGGCCCUGGCCAAGGCUGGUAGUAUUGGCCCUCUCAGCACAGAAGGUGCCCACCCAGACGGCCAGGCAGGGCUUGGUAUCGAGGAGGGCAAGGGAGAUUCCAAGGACCAGAUCAUUGAUGUAGUAGGCGCACCACUGACCCCCAACUCGAGAAGGCAAAGGGACUCAGCCUCCUGCUCCUCUUCUGUCAAAAGGUGA